AGUGCAAAACGUCACUGGGGCGUAUACGUCAUUACAAAAAAGGAAAAUUUGUACAAAAUAGUUCGUGAUCGUGCGAUCAUUACUGAAAAAUAUCAAAUCGAUUAAGCGCCGUUGUCUUCUAAUUCGAUCCUUUGUUUUGAUCGACCAGACCAAAUUUCGUGUCAUAGUUGCCAUUUACAUAAACAACAAGCUUAUAAUGCUUGUACAAGGUGACAUCUAUAAAGUAAACCGUGACAAAUAAGGCUACGCAAAUAUAGUUCUGCGUUGAGAAAUCGGUGGUUUACCGAUCAGUUUACCUGGUAUUAUGUGGAAAAUGUUGCCAUUUUUCGAAAGUUCAGACGAAGUGAUCAAUCAGUGGACACUGGGUAUUUUAGCUCUGAUCAUUGUUUACUUUGCCUGGCGCUCGACAUACGUGCGGGAAGAUCGCACCAGUCCGAACUCGCAGGCUGCCGUUCUAAUCAUCGAAAACAAUCUGCGGCGAUUAAAUCGUAUUACACAACAACCGGUCACCAUAAACAUUCUUCGCAGUUCAUCCCAGCAGUCCAAUAUUUCCAACGUGACCGAAACAGAAGAACUUGAUCUGGAGAACGACAGCAUCGCAUCGUCGAUUGACAACAUAACACAGUCUAUCCUAACGGAAGCGUCCGAAUCGGCCACCGGAUUGGACAUCAGUGACUCGGAAACAUAUCCCAGUACAUCAGCUCCCGGUGGUGGUCGUAGCAGUUUGGAUGAAAUUGAUACCGGACCGGAGGAAAUAAUACGCCAGAUGGAUCGUGAUCUGGACGAUAACAGCCCGCGGUCAUUCGAAGCAUCGGCGGCGACAAGAGCAAAUUUAUCGAUUUCUUCGGAUGAUGUUGGUCUUCGACAUCGGCGGUAUGCUCAGAAAGGACAAACAGCCGAAGUUAGUCACGCUAACGACGGCCGAGGAGCGGGAGAGCUAAACGAUGCUCAGCAAACGAAGGAAAAGCUACAGGCGAAGCAAAUAAGAAUUAAGCUAAAAUAUUUGAAUGACGAUUCAAAGCUAGUCGAAGGUGAUCUGAACGAAGGGGUUGGUGAUUUCAAAAAACGUAAUUUCACUAUUGAACUGGCGGCGAAAAAGCUUGUACGAUUGGUUUUUAACGGACACGUGUUACAACCAGAUUCAAAAACUUUAGCAGCCUGUGGAUUAUUUGACAACUGCGUCGUGCACUGUUUGAUCCACAAUCCAAGAUCUCAGCUGGCUGGUACCGAAGACAAUGGAGCCAGCGCCAACUCUGGGGGAGAUCGGACAAUCGCUGAUGGGGGCAGUGGUGGCGGCAUUUCGGGAGGAAUUGGCUUUGAAAACAAUGACCGCAACAACCGAACACGCUACGGAACAUAUUUUAUAUACAUUGGGACUUUUAUCUUAUCGGCAACCAUCUCCUACUGCUGGUACUGUCGGUUUCACUACGGCCAUCUGUUCAAUUUAAACUCCACGAUUGGUCUCAUCGUCACGACUACCAUCUUUCUAAUAAUGAUGCCGACGAUCAUUCUUACCGAUAGUCACACAACUAACUAGACUUCUACUAAAUUCAGUAAAAGCAUAAGGAAAAUGGUGAAUAUCGAUUUCAUCGACAGGAAGAAAAAAAAACACGUGCAGUUUGAAGUGAGUUUCCUGAAUUCCGGUUAGACUUGUCGUUGAUUCGCGCAGAAAAAAAAAGUUAACUCCACAUUUGCAGGUCUCUAUCCAACCCGUUUCAUUGUUUUAUGAUUAGGAAAUUUCAGAAAUGGAAAAUGAAUUA